CCCGGGAUUUAUAAGGAUAAGAAACUAGUGAUUGACUUCUCAUCCAUAGACAAGUCGUGGACUAAUAAAAAUAAGCGCACUUUUGUUACCUAUGCCUGCGCUGAAGGCUCAAAGUCAUGGUACGACGAAAAUAGUGGCUAUACAUACUUUGGACGGACAUUAAGCCAUACAAUGGCACAGUUUGCGUGCUAUAAAAGUCUCAUUGAAUUACUACAAAAGACAAUGUACCGAAUGGAAGAGGAAAACAAAAGUGAGGGCAAGACUGAGGAGCACAACCCCGAGAUCAAGAUGUUUGCCUGUCAAAAGGAUUUUGACGGCUUCGGCAGCGCUGUGAUUGCCACCACUGCCAUCACCACCAGUAUUACCCGGAGCAUUGAUAUUCACAAAAUCGAAAUUCUGUAUCUGCUGUUUCCCACCCCCUCCAUGUCCUCCAUGUCCUCCACGGCCUCCAUGACCACCAUGACCUCCGUGUCCAUG